UUCUUCCUGAGACUUGAGAAGCUUCUAGUCGUAUUUAGACUCGGCCCUGAAAACAACUAACCUAAUAAAUCUACGCAAAAAAACAUCGAAAGUUGCACACAUUACUGCUUGAGUACAAAAUUAUUAAUAAGUUAUUAAUUUUUUAUAUCAAGUGGAGAAAAAAAUGUCAGACAAUAAAGAAAAAGAUGAAGAGAAACCUGUGGUGGCGAAAACAGCUGUAGAUCUGCAGAGAUUGAAACUUAUGAAAUUAAUGAAGAAUGUAGACAAACCAAUUAUUUUACCAGAACGUCCGAAGGCCAAGAAUACACCUUCUGUACCAGAAUUUGUUCGCAAUGUUAUGGGUAGUAGUGCCGGAGCAGGUAGCGGAGAGUUUCAUGUGUAUAGACAUUUACGCAGAAAGGAAUAUGCACGGCAAAAAUUUAUUCAAGAAAAAGCACGCAAGGAGCUUUUGGAUGAUGAGUAUCAUCAAAAGUUAGAAGAAAAUAGAAGAUUGGCAGAAGAAAUAACUGCAAAAAAACGUGCUAAGAGACUGAAAAAGAAGCAGGUGCGUAAAAAUAAGAAACGUAUAAAAACUACCAAAGAAAAUAGUAUUAAGAUGGAAGAAAACUAUAGUGAAGAAGACAGUUCAGAUGAGAAUGAAGAAACUAAUAUUGAUGAAGAUAGUAAAAUAAAUAAAGAAAAUAAUGAAGAUACUCAAGAUAAUUCAAAAAAUAUGUCUAUAAGUAAAACGAAGACUGAAGUGGAAAAAGAAUUGGCAUCAGAGGAAACUCAAGAAAAUACAACAAAAGAUGAGAUAUUAAAUAAAGAUAAUAAGUGUGAAAAUGACACAUAACAAUAUGCAAAUAUUGUAAUUUGUUAAAUUUGUAUGUAUGUAUAUAAUCAAGUUAUUCAUAAUUUAAGAAUUAC